UUAGUUUGCUUUGAACAUUCGAUCAGAACGAACGCCGCGGAAUGCCAAACGUCGCUGUAAUCGGUGCUGGUGUCAAUGGUGUGGCCAGUGCCAUAAAGAUCUUGGAGCACUACCAGAGGGAAGGUAAUCCAGGUUUUCCUGAAACCCGGGUAACAAUUAUCUCGGAGCAGUACUCGCCAAACACCACAGGAGAUGGCUCGGCGGGCCUCUGGGGUCCCUAUCUGCUGGGCGGCACAGAACAAUCGAAAGUCUUAAAAUGGUCGAAGAGUAUGCAUACAUUUCUUGAGCAGAUCUGGCUAAGCGAGGAUGCCGGCGAGGCAGGUGUGUGUCUUCUGCCCUGCAUCCGUCUGAGCACUUCCACAGUGAAUACCGUGGAGGAUUUCUGGCGUGACAUUGUCUACGGAGCUGUGGAUCUCACAGCAGAACAGCUGGCAGUCUACAAUCAAGGAAGAUCGGUGAAGUUUACUUCUGGUUUAUCCUUUGUCACAUACACCUCAGAGCCCAUCAAACUGCUGCCGUAUCUCAUGAAGCGUUUCGCUCGUAAUGGAGGUGUUGUUGUGCAGCAAAAGGUCACAGAUCUGGAGAGAUUUAUCACUAAAUCCCCCUACGAUGUGAUUGUCAAUUGUUCGGGUCUCGGCUCCCGCGAACUGCUGAACGAUGAUCAGAUGUAUGCGGUGCGUGGUCAAGUCUCUCGAGUAAAGGCCAAUUGGAUGUUCACGGCCAUACUGGAUGAGAGCGAUGAUGGCUACUACAUAAUACCCAACACCGAGAGUGUUGUGCUGGGCGGCACCCACCAGGAGCGUGACUACAACAUAAAUGUCUGCGAGGAGGACAAGCGGCUCAUUGUGGAUGGCUGUCAGCGGUUUGUGCCGGGCCUGUGCCACACCAAGACUCUGUUCGAUUGGGUUGGCCUGCGGCCAGGACGUGGCAAACUCCGCCUGGAGGCCGAGCGUCGUGGCCAGAAGCUGCUCAUCCACAAUUAUGGACACGGCGGCAGUGGGGUAACCCUGUGCUGGGGCUGUGCCGAUGAUGUACUCGAUCUCCUGCUGGCUGCCAAGAACAUUUCAAAGCUUUGAGUUGUUGAUAAAUAUAUACUCCUCUCAGAAAGGUGUAAACAAUCA